UCAGUGAUGUUGCCCGUACAGGUUACAAGUGCAGACAACAGGUGUGCAUAGUUCACACAGACCAAUGUGAUCUCACACUGUCAACUGCCAACAUUGAAAGAUUUCCCAAAGCUACUCAGCCACUGGGAGUUAGCCGCAGAGAAUAAGGCCCAACAAUGGCCAACUUCGGAGGACAUGCCAUUCCUGGCUCUUUUUUUCUUCUCUUUGGCUUUUGGCUGACAGUGAAAAACAUUCUCCAACACUAUUGGAGGACAACUCAGCCUAAAGGCAGAUGGAUCAUGCCACCUUUCUUUAAAAAAAUGGAAUACUUCGAGGGAGGAUUUGCUAUCUUUGCCUCAUUUGUUGGUAUUAUGGUUGAACAGUUUGUGGUGGAUGGUCCACAUGCCCACCUCUACGACAAAGAGAACAGUUCAUGGGUCAAGCUGAUGAACUGGCAGCACAGCACCAUGUAUCUGUUCUUUGGGAUCUAUGGAAUAGCACUGGUUACCAGUACUGCAUCCAAAAUGGUGCCGGUUGGUGUAGACCGCCUUGCUCUCUCCUUGGCUCUUUUUGUUGAAGGGUUUCUGUUCUAUUACCACGUGCACAAUCGGCCCCUUCUGGAUGCUCACAUCCACUCGCUGCUGUUGGUGGCUGUGUUUGGUGGAUCGGCUAGCAGCAUGUUGGAGGUGUUUAUAAGAGACAACAUUAUUCUGGAGCUGCUCAGAGGAUGCCUGUUCAUCCUGCAGGGCUCGUGGUUCUACCAGAUUGGUUUUGUACUUUAUCCAUUACAUGGACCAGAUUGGGACUUGACACUGCAUGACAACGUCAUGUUUGUCACAAUGUGCUUCUGCUGGCACAUAGCUGUGGCCUUGCUUUUAGUCACCUGCACCUCCUCUGCGACUUGGCUCACACUGAAGCGAUUCUCAGGAAAGGGACGAGACAUUGAGAUUGGAAUGCGCAACACAUCCUCCAAAACAAGCUCCCAGAAAGCUUUGCUGGAAGAGUCAGAUGAAGAGUGAAUGUAUGGUGGUUAUUUCUUUUGAAACUUUUGUUAAAUGUAUGUUGAUGUGUUGAGGCCAAGUCUGCUGUUUUGCACGUGGUAUUUCUAAUUUUUUUUUGUUUUUGGUAUAUGUAAAUAAAUAAAUAAAUCACUAAAUCAAACGCAUCUGAAA